CCUCUCUCUCUCUCUCUCUCUCAUCGGAAAGGACAAUAGACAUGUACCCUUUGCCCACUUCUUUUCUCUGUAGCUCUUCCUCGCUCUAAAGUUUAAACCCAAGGGCCAAAGCCCUCCCGGCUUUCGUUUCCGGAAGAUCUAACAAGAUACUGUUUCUAUGGAUGAGAAAAAAGGCAAGGAUGUUUGUGUGGGGAGUGUUUCCGAGUCUACUAUGCUGGUUGUUAGCGAGCAUGUAGCUGGUGAAACCCAAGUUGAGGGGCCACACUCGGAGGGCGUCGAGAGAGUAAAGGAUGGCGGGGCUUGUAAUGGGAUGAAAUCAUGGUGGAAGUUUUGGGUUCUAAUGUGUAUUUUGAUGGUGUUUGUACCCACGGGGAGGCAAGGCGAAGUGUGGCAGUCGAGAAUGAGAUAGGUACGGUGGGAGAUGGUAAUUCUCUGGAGGAAGAUGUUAAAUCUUUGGGUGGAGGCACUGCAAUUAGUGAAGCAGGUUUACGGGGAAUUGGGGGUUCAAGUGUUGAUGCAUCAAAACAUGGAACCGAGACUGGAGUUGAGGGUUCUUUGGGGAUUGUGGAGUCACGGGGCGAACAAACUCAAGCCGUCGUGGUGGAGGAGUGUGAGGUUAUGGUGAGAGAGGAGGAUAAUAUAGAGGGAGGAGCGGUCAAGGGGGAGACAGGGAGAGAAAUAGUUGCUAGUGGUAGUGGAACUGGUGACAUGACAGCACAGGAUGCCACAGAUUUAGAUUGUGAAGCUCAGAAUACAGAGGUUGGAACUGAGGAUGGUGGUUCGUUGGUGGUUUUGGAUUCCACACAUGGAGGAGCACAAAUUUUCCAUGUGGACAAAGUUGUCAUGGUUGACAGGGAAGCUGUUUUGGAGAAAGAAAUGGUUGAGGUGGGUGCAGAUAGAGGUGGGCAAGUGAUGGAUUGUGUGGUUGAUGCAAUUGAGGAUAGGGAAUCAAAGGAAGUUGGUGCUUUGGAUGAGAAAGCAAGUAUUACUAGAAAUGAAAAUGGGGUAGGUGAUUCUUCUGUGGUUGUGGGUUCCGUAGGUGUGGAAAGCCUUGUUGUUAAACAAGAUGCCAUAUUUGAAAAUGUGGAACAUUUAGAGAGAGGAUUGAUUGUUGAGGGUGACCAGCCUGGUGGGGAAUUGGCCAAUGGUGGAUUGAAUGUAGCCUAUAACUUGAUGCCACAAAAAGCUGGUGUUGUGGAUGAUGAUGUUUGGAAUCCUGGAAUCAGUUCUGUGGUUGUGUGCGCUACGUCAAGUGUGGAAAAUUCAAGUUUACAGACCGAUGCUUUUCCAGAAAAAGCUUUAGUAAUAUUCAACGAGCAGGGAAAUGUUCUUACUUCUGGCAUUAGUGCUUUGGAUGGGGUUGUUUCUAGUUCAGGAAGGAAACUGAUGGAGGACACUUCUUCUGGAGGAACAAAAAAUGGUGACGGAGAUCCCAAAUCAUUGGAUGAGAAAAGCAAAGUUGCUACUAAAGGGGAUACUUUGUGUUCCAACGUGGAAGGAAUGAAAAAUGAUGCUAUUGAUGAAAAUGCUACUUGUUCAAUGGAAGUGCAACAGGGAGACGUUGAGCAAGUAGGUGAGAGCUCUGAAAAUCAAAGAGAUGUAUCUCCCACUCCAGUAUCCUCAUGUCUACCAAAUCAAGCUGCUGUUGGAGGUGUUGAUACAGUAAUUGAUGACAAGGGUUCUUCUCAGUUAAAUUCAACUGUCGUGCAAGAGAUGGAAGUUGACAAACAAGUUAUUGAAGAACAGUUGGUAGACGUUGAGACAGUUUGUUUGAGCACUGCAAGUCAUGAGCAUAAAUGUGCAAACUCAACUUCAGAUCUUGUAGUUACUGUUGGGGAAGCUACCGCCAAGUAUGACAAGGUUCUGUCAGAUUCAAAUGUCGAGGUUACAGAAACUGUUGAUAGGGAUGGGAUGUUGUCUUGCUCAGUAAAUGAUCAGAACUUAAAAGAAGAGAGAAUGUGCGGGAUCACACAAACAGAGGCUCAUAUUACCAACAGGAUGGAAUCUGCUUUGAUGGAAUGUGAAGCUGUUCUAGAUUCAAUUAGUGAAAUUUCAGUGCCCACCAAGAAAGACGAGCCAAUGGAGUCUGAAGAGUACUUAGAAAAGGGUGUGGGUGGUGAUCUACCUCAGAUUGAGUGUGAAGAUGCCAUGUUGUCUAACCAGCCAAUUCAAGUAGUUGUUGAAGCUGAAGUGGCAACUGUUGAUGGAAGUGAUCUUCUAAACUCAAAUGUUGAAACAGACACCCAAGUCAUUGGCAGAGAGGAAAUUGCUCCCAUGGACACUGAGGAAAUUUUAAAUUCCAACAUGGAUGUACUGGGAACUGAGGAGUUUGAAGAGUGCCUAAGGAGAAGCAUGGCUGGUGAUUCUGCUCAGAUUGAUUCAAGAAGUGAGCUUCAGGUUGAAGUUGAAAAACAAGAGACGAAAUCUGAACAAGUUGGUUUGCAAGAAGAACAGGGAAUGGAGCUUGAAGAAGACGUCGCUGAUACUGAACAGUCAAAAGCUGAUGAAGAGAAGUUCCUUGAACAGGCAACUCUGAAUGCUGGAAGCAUGGUUGAAGUGCAUCAAGCUAGUUAUCAGCUGCCAUCAGAAAAUGAAGGGGAGUUCACAGUAUCGGAUUUAGUAUGGGGGAAAGUGAGGAGCCAUCCAUGGUGGCCUGGGCAGAUAUUUGAUCCUGCAGAUUCAUCUGAGAAGGCAACAAAACAUCAUAGAAAGGACUGCUUUUUGGUGGCAUAUUUUGGGGAUCGAACUUUUGCAUGGAAUGAAGCAUCUCAGUUAAAGGCCUUUCGAACGCAUUUCUCCCACAUUGAGAAGCAGAGCAAUUCAGAAGCAUUUCAGAACGCUGUUGAUUGUGCUCUGGAAGAAGUCUCAAGACGAGUGGAGUUUGGACUUGCAUGCUCCUGCAUACCAAAAGAUGCUUUUUACAGAAUUAAAUUCCAGAAGGUUGAGAACACUGGAAUUCGGCAAGAAUCAAUCACGAGAGACAGAGUGGACAGAUCUGCCAGUGCUAGUUCCUUUGAACCUGAUAAAUUAAUCAAAUACGUGCAAGCCUUGGCACGGUACCCUUCUGGUGAUAGUGAUCGGUUGGAGGUUGUGAUAGCUAAGGCUCAGUUGCUGGCUUUCUGUCGUUUAAGAGGUUACAGUAGUUUGCCUGAAUUCCAAUUUUGUGGACAGUUGUUGGAGAGUGAUAUGGAUACUUUAGUUUCUGAGGACAGAAUGCAUUCAAUUAAAGUGUUUGAGCAUGUCGAUGAUGAGCUAACUUCCUUUGAACAGGAGAUAUCAAAAAACCAGAACAGCUUUUCUAGUAAACAUAAACAAAAUUUUAAAGAUGAUGUAUUUUACAAAAAGAAAGAAAGAAGCUUGUCAGAGUUAAUGGGUGAUACGAUGGAUUCUCCAGAUGGUGAUGAUUGGUUAGAUGGAAAGACAACAUCCUCCGGCAAGAAACGAAAGGCUGUUGAUUACCAUGAUGACCUUGGGCCACAAGAUGGGAGGAAAACUAUUUCCUUUGCUAAAGUUUCUAGUACCAUUCCACCUUCUUUCCCCAAGCCAUCAUUUAAAAUUGGGGACUGUAUCCGGAGAGCUGCAAGUCAACUGACUGGGUCUCCUUCUAUUCUGAAGUGGAAUAGUGAGAGGCUCCAGAAGAUAGAUGGCAGCCAUGACGGACCUGCUGGGAAUGAAGCUGAUGCUUCCUUCCUGGAAUCUGACACACAGAGAGGAAGGGUGGGGGUUUCGACAGAGUAUUCAUCACUAGAUGAUUUGUUAUUGCAACUUCAGAUAGCAGCACAGAAUCCACUGAAAGCAUAUGGUUUGUCUGAUACUAUUGUCAGCUUCUUCUCUGAUUUUAGAAAUUCAGUAAUAGUGGGCCAACAUUCUAGGAGAGAGCUCUUGGCUAUGGACAAAGUUGGCGGUGGUAAAAGAAAAAAAUCGUCCCAUUCUGUUGUUGGGUCACCGGAAACAUAUGAAUUUGAGGAUAUGAGUGACACUUACUGGACUGACAGGGUUGUCCAAAAUGGUUCGGAAGAGAAAACUUCACGUAGAAACAAAAAGAGAGAGUAUCAAAUUGUCCCUGUUGUACUAGACACCCCUCAAGUUGGCCGUAGGCCAUACUCAAGGAGGCGAUAUUCGGAUGGCAAUGAUGCUGUGGCAGCUGAGAAACCUGCUGGCUACGUGGAUGAGAACUCACCGGCUGAAAUCGUUAUGAACUUCGCUGAGGUGAAUUCUGUUCCAUCAGAAACAAACCUGAAUAAGAUGUUUAGGCGUUUUGGGCCUUUGAAGGAAUCUGAAACAGAAGUUGAUCGCGAUACUAGCCGUGCUAGAGUGGUGUAUAAGCAUUCUUCCGAUGCAGAAGUUGCAUUCAGUAGUGCUGGAAGGUUCAACAUUUUUGGGCCAACGCUGGUAAAUUACCAGAUUAACUAUACUCCCUCUGCUCUGUUUAAAGCUUCCCCAAUGGACACAGCCCAGGACCAUGAGAUGCAAUUUGAUCUUGCUGCUCUUGAAGUUAAUCUAGUUUGAAAGUUUCAGGGGAGAGCAGAUACCUGAAAAGAAGCAGAUGCGAUGAUGGUGAUGAUGGUGACGAUGUAGCCCAUUAUUAUAUGGAUGGACUGCUGGAGAAGGUAAUCAGACUGUCAAGUCAUCGGGUUAUCUGUUAAGUAUUCUGUUCAGGUUCUUUUUGUUUGGUUUUGGCUAAGAUGGGUAAUUUUGCUUUGUUCUGUAAUCUUUGCAUGAUUCGAGUCCAUGUACAGAAUUUAGCUGACCUUUUCUUCCCUCCCCCUCCAAAUGGUGGUUAUACCCAGCGGCUGUAAGAUUUGGGUAUGGUUCAUGUUGUCUUAUUUUCAUUCAGGUACAUUUCACUACUGAAAAUAACAAUUUCUAUCGUCAAA